AUGGACAAGCAGCUGUAUGAGCAGUCCACCCAGUAUCGGCAUUGGCGGAGGACAUCGUCUGAGUUACUUCAGAUCCGGCAAGAUACACACUUGCAAGCUGUCGAGCGAGUAACAUUGUUGCUAAAAGAUGAAUUGAGACACAAGAACUCUAUUUCCGCUGAUGAGUUGCCAUCUCCUCCCACAUCACAGCAAAUUCACAAUGUCGUCAAGUUUUUCGAGCAUGGAGCACACAACUUUAGUGAGCACUUUCGUAACCUCAACAAGGAAACCAAUAAGAAUUGGUCAGACCGGGCCACUGCGAUCAUCUUUCUCAAACGAUGGGCGCUAUACAACUCGUUGAUCGACCAUGAUCAGAAGCUACUUCCGGCGACCUGCUUAUACUUGGCUCUGAAAUGUGAAAAUGUACCUAUCGCUCGUGACGAAUACCUACUCGCUCUAGGCAAAACAGCACCCUCAGCCGAACAAUUGCUCGACUACGAAGGACGCAUCUUGCAAGGAAUCGGAUUUGAAUUGAGUGUUCGACAUCCAUUCUGGCCAUUGAAGGGGUUUUAUAUCAAAUUGCAUGAGUAUAUACAAGCCACAGCACCAGCCAUGCUUCAUUCAAGUCACUUUGGAAACCUAUCGAAAUCAUAUGCUGAAGCUCAUCGCCUGGUUUUGGCUUCUUCAUUGACGGAUCUGUACUUUACACAUUGGCCAGCACAGAUUGCUCUUAUUUGCUUGCGAGUUGCUUGUAAACGUCACUUUUUAGAGGAUGUUAUGCAGCAGUAUAUGCAAAACAUUGAACUAGCAAGCCUGGCCAUUGAAGAGGAAGAAAGGACACCAGAGCAAACUCUAUUACAACAGACGCAGAAACAAGAAGCGCUCUUGGAAUUGAUGAAGGAUGCAGAACAUCAAAUACUAGAAGUCGAACCACUCAUCACUCCCUCACACCCAAAACACCUGGAUGCAAUAUCCGCACUUCGUAAAGUUGCAUCAGAAGCCAAUAAGGCUAUUAGACCGUAUUUGAGUCCGUUGCUGGAUGCGAAUAGCUACUCAUCUAAACGAGUAAAGGAAGAAGCAGAGCAAGAGCGUGAACGUAAAAGAAUGAAAAAGAAUGCUGGCUUUCAACUCAAGAAUGAAGCGUUCAGUAAUGUGUUUGGGGCAAUUGAUGUAGAGAAGGGAGCAGAGUAA